UCUUUUGGGAGGGAUUGCCUUUAACUCUGACCUCUCAGUCAGCGCCCCCUGCCGUGAAGCAAGCAGCAAGUACCAGCAGCCACCGUUUCCUCAGCAAAGGAAACAGCGACAAUCAGUUGCAGAAGAAAGCUUACUGUUAGUAAGUAGUUGUCCCUGGUGUGAGUUCCGUUGCCCUCCUGUUGCCGGGUGGCGAGGACCUGCGUGGUGCAGGCUGCACGGUCGUCCGCCUCCGGGCGCGCGGGGCUUUCUCCGCUCACUCACUCCCUCACUCCCUCAUUCACAGGUCGGCAGCACUGGUGUCAGGCUCUUAAUUGAUUCAGUGUGCCACACGGUGAGUGCAGGCUGGCGCCGGUGAGAUCCCAGGCUAUGGUCUGCGCCGCGGAGCCGUGUGGUGACCAGUGAACGAUGGACGUACCCAACGGUUCAGUGACCCACGCCAACGGACCCAUUUCUGUCCUAGGGACGGGGGAGUGUGCCUGGCCCAACCAACUGCUCACAGAAACUCACUGCCCAGCUAUCAACGAUUCUCUGUACUGCUGGCCACCUACACCUGCAAAUACAACCGUCUUUGGUCCUUGUCCGACCAGCUUGGGGCUACCCGAUCAUGCGAUUGCUGGAUCAGCAGGACACUCGCACCGCACGUGCUCGGCGGACGGCACGUGGUUGCAUGGCAACUGGACCAACUACAGCGCUUGCCUGGACUUGGAUGGACUGCGGCCUGUCUUCACUCCUCAGCCGGGCCUGGACCUGCAGGACGACUUUAUUCGUCUGGCGGAAGCUUUGACCGAAAUUUAUCUGGCGGCCUGCAUCAUCUCCCUCGUGUUCCUGCUUCUCACUCUGUUCAUCUUCUGCUAUUUCAGGUCUCUGCAGUGCAGCCGCAUCUCCAUCCACAAGCACCUGGUGGUGUCUUUCAUCUUCCGCUUUAUUCUCAUCCUCGUCAUGGUGCUGCCCUACUUCUCACGCCCCAGCGCCUCCUACCGGGAAAUUCCAUGGCUGUGCAAGGUGCUGACUGCCCUGCUGCAGUACACGCUCAUGUCUAACUUCGCCUGGAUGCUGGUGGAGGGCAUCUACCUGCACAACCGCCUCGCAGUUUGUGUCUUCCGCUCCGAUGCCCCUUUCAAGAUCUUCAACUUCAUAGGAUGGGGCAUUCCGUUUGUGCUGACGUGUCUGUGGGCGGGGCUGAUGGAGACGUUCUACACUCGGCCCUGCUGGCAGCUCUACUCCAAGUCGCCCUUCUUCUGCCUUAUAUUUGUCCCCAUCCUGGUCGCCCUCGUGAUUAACUGUGCAUUCCUCGUCAACAUUAUCCGCGUCUUGGUUGUCAAAUUGCGGGCCAACAACACCAUCGAGUCCAGAAGGAUCAGGAAAGCCAUUAAGGCCACCAUCAUCCUGUUGCCGCUGCUGGGAAUGACCAACCUUCUCUUCCUGGCACAGCCAGCCGAGCAGGGGCCGCUCCUCGUGGCCUAUCGCGUCAUCAACGCAGUCUUGCCCUCGUGUCAGGGAAUCUUCGUCUCUGUCUUGUACUGCUUCAUGAAUUCUGAGGUGCAGAGUGUCAUUCGUAAAAAGUGGAAUCGCUUCCGGGUCAACCGCGCCAUGAAUACGAGGUCACGGCGGCAAGGUUCGCGGACCUCCUCCUUCUUCCUGUCUCAGUCUGAGGGAAAAUCUUUAAUGGAUACUCCACUUCAGAGAAUCAAACGUCCGUGCAGACCAAGAGUACCGAUGUGUGAGAAGCGAUCGUCACACAGUCAGCCUCAGUCUGGCCAGAGUCAAGUCGUUGAGAGAGAACAGGCUUCUAGCUCAUCUGUGACGCAUGUGUGACAUGUGGAGACGUUUGCGUGACUGUAAGCCAAGAUGUCUAUGUGACAUAUGUGUGACUGCACGUCUCUGACACGUGUCAGGCCAAGAUGUCUGACGAGUAUAUGUGAUGUAACACGUGCUUAACAUGUAGCCCCAUUCGCCGCAAGUGACAGUCCACACAAAGGGCAUGGGACUUCUUGCCUUGUGUCCGACUGUCCGCCUGACCAAAAACUUCCAUUUCUGAACAUCCGGGGUCUACAAAACUGGAAUUCUGUACAGAGUUGUACUCUAUGACUGUCAUGGACAGAACUUCACGUCUCAUUGAAACAUUUUGUUGUGCUUUGAGUCGUAAUUUAUUCAGAUUGAUGGUUACUUUCUGUUAAAUGUUAACACACCUUUUGUGAAACUGUUGGAAAAAUAGAAAAAAGAAAUUAAAAAUCUAAAACUAA